AUGGCUAACAACUGUCUGGAGGGGGAGGGGUUUGCUCACUUCGCUCGGCGGCUCUGCGGGCUGAAGAUGGCGGACGCAGAAAACAGUGUCGGAACGGCCUUCUCGGGCGCCUCCGAUAUGGACGAGCCUGCCGCUAAAAAGCCGAAAAUUUCCUUGGCGGCCAACUUCGGCCUCAAAAUCACCGACGCCAAUAAAAUGCCGUGCGUGUCUGGAGUCGCGGAGAGUUUGGAAGCCGCGGUGAAUCGCGCCCAGCCAGCGGAGAGGGAAGCAAAGCCGGCGAUGGCGGUCGAGCAGGCCCCAGGAGCGCAAGGCGGAGACAACAAUGGCCAUGGACUGCUCGUUUCCGAGCCCUUUAAGCCCGCGGUGACACCAGACGACAGCGCCGUGCUUGGGACUUUCGAAACCAGUGCGGGUCUCAUUGGGUGUGUCAAUCACUCCUCCAAUGGGUUGGCCGUCACACCGGAGCAUGUCACAGAAGACGAUGACCGAUCGUCUCAUGCCAGCUCCAGCGACUGGACACCUCAACCGCAUAUCGGUUCCUACAGUUUCAUCCAGCAACACAUCAGAGAGACUGACCCAAGGAUCAUUUUAAGGGAGUUGCUGCCAGAGACUGUCCUGCCGCCAGAUUUAGACGACAUGACGCUGUGGCAGAUAAUCAUCAAUAUCUCCGAACCUCCUAAAAGAAAGAAACGCAAGGAUAUUAACACCUUGGAAGAUGUGGUCAGGCUUCUCCAUGAAAGUAAAAAGAUUCUUGUGCUGACAGGUGCCGGGGUGUCUGUUUCAUGCGGGAUACCAGAUUUCCGCUCCAGAGAUGGAAUUUACGCUCGUCUUGCCGUUGAUUUUCCUGAUCUUCCAGACCCACAAGCUAUGUUUGACAUUGAAUACUUCCAAAGAGAUCCGAGGCCAUUUUUCAAGUUUGCUAAGGAAAUCUACCCGGGUCAGUUUCAGCCCUCGCCCUGUCACAAAUUCAUAUCUAUGAUGGACAAGCAGGGCAAGCUGCUCCGCAACUACACGCAAAAUAUCGAUACAUUAGAACAAGUAGCCGGAGUUCAGCGAAUCAUCCAGUGUCACGGGUCAUUUGCGACUGCAUCCUGUCUUAUCUGUAAAUACAAAGUGGAUUGUGAAGCUAUAAGGGAAGACAUCUUUAACCAGCGCGUCCCCCAUUGUCCUCGGUGUCCAGAUAUUCCUUUGGCAAUAAUGAAACCCGACAUUGUCUUCUUUGGAGAGAAUCUUCCAGAAAUGUUCCACCGAGCCAUGAAGCAGGACAAGGACGAAGUAGAUCUUUUGAUCGUCAUCGGCUCUUCACUGAAAGUCCGACCGGUCGCCCUCAUCCCGAACUCCAUUCCUCAUGAAGUGCCUCAAGUCUUGAUCAAUCGGGAGCAGCUGCCUCACCUCAACUUUGACGUAGAGCUGCUGGGAGACUGCGACGUCAUUGUCAACGAGCUCUGUCAUCGGCUGGGCGGAGACUUUGAGCAGCUCUGCUACAAUACCGUAAAACUCGCCGAGAUUACGGAAAAACCCCCUCGGUUACUGGAGCAGCAGCAGCCGCCGCAUGAAGCCUUGUCCGCCGCCUGCGACAGAACACCAGAAGAGCCGAAGAAUGACAGUACAGACUCUGUUCUAAAGCCUUCACCGCCAAGUCCGAAUGUCACAGAAACCGACUGUCACGUCGCACCUCGAGAGCCUUGUCCUAGCCAAGAGUCACCGGUUAAAGACUCAACCAAAGAAGAGGGCACGGAAGAAAGGAGUCAAUCUUCCCACCAUGAAUUUCGGCGACGGUGUUGGAUGAAUCGGAUCAACCGAAGUCCCAUUAGCAAGCGCCUUGACGCGGGCCAGUACCUGUUUCAAGCACCGCAUCACUACAUCUUCCACGGAGCCGAAGUUUACUCUGACUCUGAGGACGAGACGUCGAGCUCGUGCGAAAGCGACAGCGAGGAGUCCGAAUGCACCGCUGACGAGGGAGGGGAGCACAGCGACCCGGAGGACGGUGAUGGAGCCGUCCACCUCAGAGACACGACGCAAGUCACUUUAGCCGACGAGGACACGUCCAAUAUCCAGGAAGACGGCACGGCCGAAAAAACUCAGAGCAACACACACCUUUAAAAGACAAAGCACUCAACUUUUUGUAUAUGUAUUUAUAGAUAUACAUAUAUAUAUAUAUAAACUGUAUAUGUUUCAUAUAUUUUUGACUCAUCAGCCUGUUAUUUUUCAUAAAGAUAAAAGUUUGUGACAAUAUAUGUGAAUACGGAACGCGUUUUUGCGCCCACUUUAAUCACGCAUUGUCUGAAAUGUUCACACUUACUUUGAAAUCUCUUUUUGUAUUCAUGUUGGGAAUGGCAUCGGUUCAUCUACUGCAACUUCUGACAGGACGGCAGUUUAAGCUUUAAGACACGACUUAUUAUCAGUCAACAUGUGACACGAGCUGUGGUCCAAUGUGAUGUUUUGAUACUGUUUUCUGUCACAAGAGCAUGAACUUCUCAGUCAAACGCCUGCUAAGAUGUGGCCUCCGAUGGCUUGCUUGAACAUUUUGGCUUGCCUGAACAAAAAAAAAACGGUUAAACUCUAGUCAUUCACAUGCAGCAGUUAACAGUCCACUUUAAGUUUAAACCAAAGAACAUUUUGUCGCCGUGAUCACGUCACUUCAACUCAUGUCACUUGAGUCCUGCAGAGAGAUUAUUGAAAGGGUUCCUUCAGACUUGGCAGCUACUUUUUAUGGUCAAGCUUCUUAUUUUUAUACUCGCCUUGGAGACAUACUCUGCAGAGAGUAGAUGACAGUCUGUACAAAGUUGUUUUGUUAUGAAGCCUUAUGUUCAAUCGAUAUUGGGGGGGGAAAGAAAAUGCCGUCUUCAUAAAUCUGAUUGUUGUAUUUGCAUUUUAACAAAUUGGCUGCCAAUGACGGUGCUAGACGUCCAAACUGUUUUGACUGGGCUGGUCAAAAUGGUUUGGACGUCCAGCACCGUUAAUGGCAGCCAGUCAGUUAAAUGAAUGCCCUAUAGAGUUAUGUGUUUAUGAAACCGAGUGCCGUCAGUGGCACUGAAAGAUGAGCAUUCACAGCCAGUUCUCCCAGUUUAAAUAAAUUGGGUGUCUAUCGUUGUCAAUGGCAUGGUUGAAUGAGUUGAAUACAAUGAAACGAUCAACUUUAGAGUGGUACUUGGGGCUGUAACUA